UAUAACAUUCAGAAAGCUGUCUGUGAAACUGUCCUUUCUAAUUAAGCCUGCCAGAAAAGGAGUCCACCAGACUGCAGGGAUGAAAGUGAAAUGGACAAAGUUAGGAAUGGUUUUCUUUCUGCUUCUUUCCUUUGUAAUGACGGGCUGUUUCAUUUGGCAGUACAGCCUUCCCAAAGCAAAACCAGUGGAUAUAAAAUUUGCAAAAGAAGUAAAAGUGGAGAAGAUGUGCCCACGUUUCCCUGAGCCUGUGCCAUUGGAGCACCCGAUUCCUGUCCUUAUGGAAGCUUUGGACAAGGUCAGUACUCUUAUGAGGACCAGCAUUGAUGCCAAAAAACUGCCAGCCAUCUCUGCAAUUGUAAUAUUUAAUGAUUCUGUAUUGUGGAAUGGGAACUUUGGCAGAAGGAAUGGAAGUGACCCCACGUCUCCCCCAACAAAUGAGUACACAGUUUACCGAAUUGCAAGCCUUUCUAAAAUCUUCCCCACCUUGAUGCUGUACAAACUUUGGGAGGAUGGAAAAGUGGAUUCCUUGGAUGACCCUCUGGGGAAGUAUGUUAAGAACUUCACCAUAAAAAACCCUCUGGGGAAAAGAAUGGAUCAUGAACUCAAGUCCGUCUCUGAAGGUAUGAGCAGUAGCGAGGCUCAAGUCCACAUCUCCUCAGUUACCCUGAGAAGGAUGGCCAGUCAGCUGUCAGGUUUACCCAGGCGGCUCAGGGCGACUACUUUACUGUGGAAAGGCAACACUCAGGCUGCUGUGGAUUUAUUACAAGAUGAUGUUCUCGUGGCUGACCCUGGAACAAGAUGCCACUACAGCAACCUGGCCUUCUCUCUGCUGGCCCACGUGAUGGCAGAGAAGGUAGUGGGAAUGGAUUAUCAGCAAUGGGUGUCUAAAAAUAUCCUACAGCCGCUUACAAUGGAGGACACUGGAUUCGAAAUCAACUCUCAAAUAGAGAACCAAAUGGCAAUAGGAGUUUACUCAAGCGGGCGUCCCGCACCCCUCUAUGACCUCGGCUGGUAUAGACCAUCAGGGCAAAUGUACUCCACACCUGCUGACAUGGCCAAACUGGUGAUGAUGCUUCUGGGUGCAUACCAUCGCCCGGUUCUCCAGCCUGACACCCUCAAAACCAUGUUAACUCCUCUGUUUCGCUGUGAAAAUAGUUACUUUGCAGAUCAAACUGGCACACCGUGGGAGGUAAAAGAACAGUUGGACUAUGACGUAAUGCGCAAAGAUGGAGAUCUAGAUGGUUAUUCGGCCUCACUGUCCCUUGUUCCUCGCUUGAAGCUCGGGUUGGUCCUCCUAAUGGCUGGAACCAAACCUGAAGAUGAAGAUCUUGUGGCUAAAGUUUACAGUUCACUCAUUCCUGCCAUGGAAAAUGCCUUUAGAGAUGCACCUCAUGUUCUCAUCCCUCCUCCGGACCCUGUUCCCUACAUAGGUUACUUUAGUUAUAGCAACAUAACGUUCUAUGAGAUCAAAGCAGAUGCAGAUGGAGUGCUGUCUCUGGAGCAGACCGGACCUCAAGUCGAUGACAUGGUUCCCAUGAAGCACAGAAGUUUGAAUCUCAGUUAUCUCCAGGAUAGGGUCUUCAGGGUGGUGUUUGAGAAGGAAUACCCCUGUCAGCUGAAAGUUAACGCUGCUUCUGUGUCUCUUGAAUCUCAGGAUGGACAGCUUUUUAACUUUUACAUCUUUAACAAAAAGGGGCUCUCACCAGGUUUUGAUGUCCCAGGGUUAAACACUUAUAAAGUCACACGGAUUCCCCUCAAACCGAUUUUCAGCGGAUGAAGAAAUCAGUAGAUUGUGCUUUUGAGUUGUUAAGCUAAAAGCUGCUCUCUUUAAAUAAAGUGUCAAAUUCUGAGGAACUUCAACCUCUGCAUUUUACUAAACAUGUGUCUAAGAGCUGAACGUAUAUGUAGAAUACUUUUUA